AUUAAUCGUCGAAUCGCCGAUGGCUGACUUGGAGGAAGAAAUUGUUCCUAUUCGUCGAAAAUGCGCGACUUGUUGCAAGAAUUUUUUAGCUUUUCUGUUUUCAACAGUGGGACUCUGUUGUCUAUUAGUAGGUUAUACUAUAUUAGGAGGCUUCGUUUUCGUAGAAUUGGAACAGCCUUAUGAAAUUAAAAUGAAAUUACAAAGAAAUAAUACUUUGACGAAUUUAACAAAUUCUACGGCAGAUAAUUAUAAAAUAUAUGAAUAUUCCAACUUUGCUAAGGAAAGGCAAAAAACUGUUGAAUUAUUGUGGAAAAUGACAAGGGAAUAUAAUGUUCUUUUUGAGGAGAAAUGGAAGAAAAAUGCAAGUAGAUUAUUGGAGAGAUUUGAAAAUUCUUGGUGGGAUGGAUAUAGAAGAUUUCAGCAAGAACAACUUAAAACCACGCCUAAGCCGGCUAAGGAACUAGGCUCGAAAAGGAAAGCUUUGGCUAAAGAUAAUGAAGACGAUUUAGUUUGGACCUUUCCGGGAGCUUUGCUGUUUUCAGUUACUGUAAUCACUACUAUAGGAUAUGGUCAUAUCGUCCCGUUGACGCCUUGGGGACGAGUAGUGACGCUCGUCUAUGCCCUUGUCGGUAUCCCCUUGACCCUCUUAACAAUGGCUAAUCUUGGACGUUAUAUGUCUAUACUUUUUCGAGCUUUGUAUCAUAAAGUAUGCUGUGGCUACUGUUGCUGUUGCUGCCCUAAAAAAGCUCCAAAAGCGGUAACUGGGACGACGGCAGGGUCAACUAUGACAGCCUCUACUAAAUCAACCGUAAAAAAGACAAAUGGUAGAAUGUCAUCGACAGGGGGAGGUGUUGCUAGUGCCGCAGCAGCAAUUCACGUUAGAUGGGAUGACGACAGUUCACACAUUCAAACGGUUCCGCUAUUUGUUUCAUUCAUGCUGAUUGUAACCUACGUAGUAGGCGGAGCCGUUCUCUUUUCACUACUAGAGGGUUGGUCAUAUAUAGAAUCUUCUUACUUUUGCUUCAUUACACUCACCACUAUUGGCUUUGGUGAUUUUGUGCCGGGAGCAAGCCUGAAGGGUCAAUCUCAAGAGAAAUUUAUCCUCUGUGCUUUCUAUCUGGUUUUUGGACUGGCUUUAAUCGCUAUGUGCUUCAAUUUGAUGCAGGAGGAGGUAAUAGCAAAAGCUAGGUCCUUGGGUAGAAAACUAGGUAUAAUUUCCUAACAACCGCAUACAAUGGGAACGUUAAUUAAAGGAACUUAAGCAAAUUCUUACGAGUGGCUAAUACGAAAAAAUCUUUAUUUCUUAAAAUAUUCGUUCUUGUACUUUUGCUUUGUUUGCUGUUACAUAUUGUUUUUAUUUUUCCUCUUUUUUUUUAAUUGUCAAUAAUUUUAUAGAUAGUAUCUUUAACUAUUCCUCAAUUUCCCUUUCUUCUUCUCUUUCUUCUUCUUUUUCUUCUGCUUCUCCAUCUACUUCUUCUUCUUCUUCGUCUUCUUUUUCUAUUCUUCUAAUUCAUUCCCUCUUUCUUUUUUUCUUUAUCUCUUCAUAUUUUUUUCAUUAUCGUUAAUGGUAUUGCUACUUUUGUUCUUUUGACCUUCUCCAUACUUAUUAUCCUCCGUUCGUAAUUCAUAUAUCAUCAAAAGAUAAAAAAAAAAGUACAUUAGGUUCUUACGAGGGUCUUCUAGAGAAACUUUUGUGUACAAAACACAAAUGUAAACUUGAAGGCCAUGAAUUGAAAAGAGACCAAAACAAACUUUUUUCACUAAAUGAAAGCUAAAAGCAUAGAGUUAUAAAAGCAAACAAACAACAAUAACUUAAUUGAAAUUUUUUCAACUAAAGAUACUAGUGUCAUCUGUAAUGGAUAACAACUUUAAUUGAAAAACUAAAAAUUGACAAUGUGAAUUGGUGAGAGAAAAAAAAUAAAAGAAAUGAUAAAUGAUGUAAUAAUCCAAGGGAGAAUUAUUCAAUUCACCGCAGAGAGAAACGCUAAUGGAUUAACUUUCAUAUCCAUCAUUCUACUUGUUGAAAAUUGUAUAAAAAUAAUUUUUUUAAAGGAACACUGAUUGACGAUUGAAUAAGUGUUUAUCAUUUGUAUGAUACAAAUAUAGUAUUCAAUCCUAGCUUAAUAUUACUUUCCACUUACAAAAAAGAACUGUUUUAAGUCAUCUUCUUUCUUCCUAUGUAAAGUAAAAACAAGUGAAAAACAAGCCAGUUUAUUCUAUUCUAACUUGAAAAAACAAACAAACAAAUAUAAGAUAGAAAAAUAUAAAGAAAUAUUUUAACUAGAUUAAAAAUAAGUCUUAUUUAAUUAAAUAAUUCCAAAUAAAAAUAACUAGUGCAAUUAUUAUAUUUCAUAAUGAAAUAUAUAUAAAUAUAUAGUGUAACCUUUCAUUAUUUUCUUCCUUAUUAUCAAACCUUUCAAUUGUUUUCUACUUUAAGUUAUUUUUACUAAUUUUUACUUGAAAAAAAGAGGCUGUGGGAUAACAUUUCAAAAAUUAUAUUUUCCUUUUAGUAGACAGAUGGCGCUGAAGUAGUUAUGAACAAUUUUUUUUCUCUUCAUAUAUAUCACCCACAGUUCUUUAAUGUUUUAGUUUUUGGAUUUUAUAAACAAAAUAAAGGUAAAAACAACAUUGAAUAUCAAGAUUUUAAAAAUAAAAACAUAAAAACAGAAAAGAAAG